AUGCCUCGUCCAGAAACCGUGGUUCCCGACCAAGUGGCGGCGCCGUACCCGGUGGCGUUUGACCUGAGCAUUGUCUGUGGGUUUGGUCGUGGGUCGAGCGAGCUCGGUAUCCCCACCGCCAACGUCAACCUCAACGACGGCCUCAACCAGUUAGACGUGGGGAUCUACUACGGGUGGUGUCGUCUCACCAAAGUCGACCACCCUGAGUGCCAGGUGAAGCGCGACGACGGCAACACCGUCAGCUUCAACUACGGGAACGACUUGGCCGCGGACGAGGUCGACCAGGCGUUGCCGAUGGUGAUGAGCAUCGGGUACAAUCCUUACUACAACAACCAGGAGAAGACGGCCGAGGUCCACAUCAUCCACAAGUUCCCCCACAAUUUUUACGGGGCUCGCAUCCAGGGGUUGGUGUUGGGCUACAUCCGUCCCGAGCUUGACUAUACCACCAAAGAGGCGUUGAUCAAGGACAUUAACACCGAUAUCACCAUCGCGCAGGAAGUGUUGGCUCGUGAGCCCUACCUCGAGUAUCGCACGUCGGUGUAA